AUGCUUCUUGAAUUUGUUCAUCAUUGUUCUUACGACUGCGUACUUGUGUAUUCUUUGCUCGUCUGCUCCCUGUUUCAAGCACUUCAAAGCAGCACAAUUUACAAUAUAACUGCAUCAAGGCCACUUAUUCAGAACCAAACCCUUGUCUCGCCUAGUGAAAUCUUCGAGCUCGGGUUCUUCACGCCUAAUGGAUCAGAAAAGCAGUACGUAGGAAUAUGGUACAAGAACGCAACUUUCUCCAAAGUUGUCUGGGUGGCCAACAGGGACAAGCCACUUGGACACAAAGAUCAAUCUGCGAGUUUGAUAAUUAGCGGAGAUGGAAAUCUGAAGCUUCUUGAUGGGCAACAAAGUACUGUCUGGUCUACAAAUGUCAUGGCGAAGUCUAAUUAUUCUGCAGCAGUGCUUUUAGACUUUGGAAACCUUGUUCUUCAAGACGGGAAUGCAAAUAAAAUGUGGGAAAGCUUCGAUGAGCCAACCGACACUCUCCUGCCAAACAUGAAGAUCGGAGUAAAUGUGAAAACAGGAAAGAAAAAAUACUUGAUUUCCUGGAAAGGUGAAGAUGAUCCAUCGCCCGGAAGCUUUGUCCUUGGAGUGACAUCGGAGACACCGCCUCAGCUUUUUGCUUGGAAUGGAUCAAGUCCAUACUGGAGAAGCGGACAGUGGGAUAAAUCCAAGUUUAAUGGAAUACCGACCAUGAGCAACAAAUACCUGAGCGGCCAUCAGCUUGUGCAAAAUAUCAACCAGGGAACGACAUAUUAUUUCCGCAAUUAUUACAACAACUCCUUUGGAUAUGUUUUCAUCUCAUCGGAAGGAUCUAUAGGGUCUGUUCGUUGGGGGGAUGGAUGGUCAACAAACUGGGAAGCAUCACGAACUAACCGCUGUGAAAUUUAUGGAACAUGUGGUCCUUUUGGAGUUUGCGACACGUUUAGUUCACCUAUAUGCAGCUGCUUAAAAGGGUUUAAACCCAGGUCAGAUGAAGAGUGGAACCGAGGAAACUGGACCGGAGGGUGCGUUAGGAAAAUGGAAUUGAAUUGUCAGAAAUCCGCACAUGCAGCAGCUAUGACGACUGUGGAAAAUGAUGUGUUCUGGCCAAUGAAACAUAUGAAAUUGCCUGAUUCUGCUGAUUAUUUGUCAAACAUAGCUGAUGCAGAAGGAUGUCAAAGUUGGUGCCUAGGAAACUGUUCGUGCUUGGCCUUUUCUUACGUGGAUACUGUAGGAUGUAUGGCUUGGUGUAAAAACCUCAUAGAUACUCAGCAAUUCUCCAGAGAAGGCAGAGAUCUAUUUAUUCGACUUGUGGAUGUGGAUAAAGGUGUACCUACGAAGACAAAACUCAUCAUCAGCUUAAGUACUAUUUCUGCCAUCAUGUUAUUCGGAGCUGGCAUUUCAGUGUGUGGUCUUUUCAAGUGGAGAGGGAAAUUUAGGAAAAUGACAAUCCCAAGGGUCCUUAAUUCAAAGGCCACAGCCAACAGAUCAGAGGAAUUGCUGAGGGAAACUGCAUGGAAAGAGCAAAUGAAGCAAGGUGAUGCAUCGGAAUUAAUGGUUUAUGAUUUGGACAGCAUACUCCUUGCAACGAACAACUUCAACAUGAAGAACAAACUCGGGCAGGGAGGGUUUGGCCCUGUUUAUAAGGGAAAGCUGAACGAUGGUAAGGACAUAGCUGUGAAAAGACUUUUGAGCAGCUCAGGCCAAGGCAUUGCAGAGUUCAAGAAUGAGAUCCUCCUGAUAUCCAAACUUCAACACCGAAAUCUGGUGAGACUUGUUGGUUACUGCACUGAAGGAGAAGAAAGGAUACUAGUGUAUGAGUACUUGCCGAACAGGAGCUUGGACGCCUUUCUUUUCGGUUUGUCUCACUCUCUGAAGAACUUAUUUCUGCUUUCAACAAAAUACGGUACUGAAACUAGAUAUUGUUUCUGUUUACCACCUUGUUUAGAUUUAAAAGAGAAGGCAAAACUCAGCUGGGGCAUCCGCUUCCACAUUAUCCAGGGCAUUGCAAGAGGGCUGCUCUACCUCCACCGCGAUUCAUGCCUCAGGGUCAUACAUCGAGAUUUAAAAGUGAGCAACAUUCUUUUGGACGAAAAAAUGAAUCCCAAGAUUUCAGAUUUUGGGCUAGCGCGGAUGUUUGAAGGCACUCAAGUUUUCGUAAAUACUCACAAAGUUGUGGGGACACUGGGUUACAUGUCUCCCGAAUAUGCCAUGGGUGGGAUAUUUUCUGAAAAAUCUGAUGUUUAUAGCUUUGGCGUACUGAUAUUGGAGCUUAUCAGCAGCAAGAAGAACACAAGUUUAGAUUACCAUGGACAGCAUCUCAAUCUCCUGACCUAUGUAUGGCAUUUGUGGUGUGACGGCAGAGGAUUGGCCCUAAUGGAUGAAGCUAUUGCUGACGCAUUUUCGCUGUCAGAAGUGAUGAGAUGCAUUCAAUUAGGGCUUCUCUGUGUACAGGAACGUGCCACAGAUAGACCCGACAUGUCAGCUGUGGUUCUAAUGCUAAGUGGGCAGUCUGAUCUUCCACAGCCAAAGCAACCAGCAUUUACAUUUCAACGCUCAACGACUCAUGAAGUCCAAUCAGAAGAAGAAUACAUUCGGUCCAGGAAUACCAUCACCAUUACUAUGGCUGAAGGAAGAUAAAACUCUAUUAUGCAUUGUCUCUGACUAAUUCAUCUUUCCAGGAAUUCAGUGUUUAUCAAAUUAUCUGCUUGAAUAAAUAAUCUGUUGUUGCACUAUUACGUUGAUCUAUGAUGUAAACAUAGAGAUAGUGAGGGGCUCCCAGUUGCCAUCGCUCUAGUAGAAAAGUUUUAUGUGUGCACGAAGGCACAAAAAUUCAGAAUGUCUGUAUGCAUUGAGAUAAUCUCAAUAUGAAUAUGAAUACUUUGAGUGUUC